CAUUCAAAACAUAGUGUUAUGCACAAGUUAUUUGAAGAAGGAAUACCAAUUUGGAUUGAUUACAAUCCAGAAAUCGCUCAUAAUAGAAUAUUAAUUAUGAUGACCACAAGGUUAUUACAGGGUCGUCCAAUCUCAGUGAUACAGCUGAAGAAAGGAAUGCUGAAAAAUUAC